AUGGAGACAUUGCAGUUUUCACUUCCCAUCUUGCCAAAUAUGAAAAAGAAGAGUCAGGCUAUGCAUUUAGUACCAAAUAAUCAGAAAACCAAUCCAAAAUAUUCACCCAUAGUCAUCUCAUGCUUGUCAUAUCGACCCGAGGAUCACAUUUCGUUCUUCCCACCAUCAAAUCAGAAUGUUGCAGCCAUUGUGUUUGGAGAUGGGUCAGCUACUCAACUUUACCCUUUAACAAAGAGAAGAUCAAAAGGGGCUAUGCCCAUUGCAGGAAACUACAGACUAAUUGAUGCAGUAAUAAGCAACUGCAUUAACAGUAACAUAAACAAGAUAUACACUCUUACACAGUUCAACUCCACGUCUCUCAAUUCCCACCUCACAAAAGCUUAUUGCGGAGCAGGUCUUGGGAAAGAGGGACUUGUAGAGGUUAUUGCAGCGUUUCAGAGUUCCGAGCACAAGGGCUGGUUUCAGGGAACAGCUGAUGCAAUAAGGAAAUGUUUAUGGCUUCUAGAAGAAUACCCGGUUUCUGAGUUCUUAAUCCUCUGUGGUCACCAUCUGUACCAAAUGGACUACCAGAAACUCAUUGAAGCCCAUCGGAAGAAACGGGCUGAGAUAACUUGUGCGGUAUGCACCCCAAGGCGAGACAGGGAUCCGGGAUUUGGGUUUUACAAAAUAGAUAAUAAUGAGAAUUAUGUAAUCGAAACCAAAAUGUCCUUAUCAGUAGAAAGCAAAGGGGAAAAGGAUUUUAUUUCAGAUAAUAUUUUGUCUGGUAUGGGAAUUUACAUAAUCAAUAGAGAUACGAUGAAAAAGCUGCUCAUAGAAUAUUUCCCCGAAGCAAAUGAUCUACAAAAUGAAGUAAUUCCUGCUGCAAUGUCACUAGGACUGAAGGUUCAUGUUUAUAAGUUCAAUGGGUACUGGGAGGACAUGGGAAGUAUCAAAUCCUUCUACCAAGCAAACAUGGAAAUCGUAAAGAAAACAAGCAUGGCAUUCAACUGCUUCUACGACAGAGGUUCUCCUCUGUAUACAUUGCCUCGAUCUCUGCCACCAACUCUAAUGACCGACGCUGUAGUAACAAAUAGCAUAAUUGGAGGUGGCUGCAUUCUCAAAAGAUGUAACAUCAGAAGUACAGUCAUUGGUCCAAGAACAAGGGUUGGAGCAGGAGCAGUAAUUGAGGAUUCAAUACUGAUGGGCUCUGAUGUAUAUCCCAUACAAGAUGGGCAGGGCCAAAGCAAGAAGAAUGGGGAUAUUCCGAUUGGUAUAGGAGAGUUUUCACAAAUACGGAAAGCCAUAAUAGAUAAGAAUGCAAGGAUUGGUGAGAAUGUCAUGAUCAUAAAUAAGGACAAUGUCCAAGAAGCUAACAGGGAAGCUUGCGGUUACACCAUCACAGCUGGGAUAGUAGUGAUUCUAAAAAGUGCAAUAUUACCAGAUGGAACCAUCAUUUGAGUGUUAUA